AUCAAAAAUCGAAUCGGAUCCUCUUGCAGCACUUGUCGUUCCAUCGACAACAUGAUGAUGACAAGGAAAAUAUUCAUGAUGAUUAUGAUGUUGAUACUUUUUAUUACUUUCAAUGAAGUGAAUGGUCAAACAAAUGAUCAUCGUUGGGACAAUCUGGAGAAUAUUAUAAAUAGUGGCAUUGCUGAGAAGGCUUUUCCGGGUGCUGUUCUUUUAGUGGCCAAUAAGGAUGGUCCAAUUUAUUCUAAAGCCUUUGGAAAGUUUACUUACAAUGAUGAUGAACAACGAGUGAUGAAUACAAAUACGACCAAAUUUGAUAUGGCAUCGGUGACCAAGGUAAUUUCGACCACAUCAGCAGUUGCCUUGUUGUAUCAGAAGGAUUUGAUUUCAUUGCAUGAUAGUGUUGUAAAGUAUUUUCCUGAAUUUGGAGUGAAUGGAAAGAGUGGAAUUACUAUUGAGAAUUUAUUAUUGCACAAUUCAGGGUUGGCUCCAGAUCCAAAUCCUACCUAUAAUACUGUUGAGUUUAAUUGUAGUGCUACGGAGAUUUAUCAUCCACCACAAGUGUUUACUUGUUCGAAUAAGAUUUUUAAUUCUUGGUUGAAUGAAAAGUUGGCUCACAAUAUAGGUGAAAAAUAUGUCUAUAGUGAUUUGUCUAUGAUUUCACUCAUGUAUAUUAUUGGACAAAUUGUUAAAAAGAAUAUGAAUCUGUUGCAAAUUUCAAAUGAUGAUUUGAGAAGUGAUUGCGUAUCACAAAUUGGAUUGAAUGCUCCUGGUCAUGAAACUUGCUAUUUUGAAGCAUUUGUGAGGAAACAUGUUUUGGAACAACUUGGAAUGUCAAAUAGUGGAUACAUUCCAAAUAGAUAUGAUGUAAAUAUUCCACCUGCUUGGCUUGACGAGGUUUAUCAUCAUGAUUUGAUUCAGGGAUAUGUUUCUGAUGAAAAUUGUUAUGCACAGGGCGGUAUUUCAGGACAUGCUGGAAUUUUUUCAACAUUGCCAGAUGUUUACAAUUUUAUGGACGAAUUAAUGUUCAGAAGAAGGGAAAAUUUCAUUGAUUCAACAACUUUCUCACUUUUUACAUCUGUCAAGAACACUCAACAAAGCUCUAGAGCUUUAGGAUGGGAUACCAAUGCUGAAGGAAAUGGAUCAUGUGGAAGUCUCUCAAAGAAAACAUUCUUGCAUUUAGGAUUUUCUGGUACUCAAGUUUGUGGAGAUCCAGAAAGAAAUUUAUUCACAAUCUUUUUGACCAAUAGAGUUUAUCCUGACAAGAAUGUAAAUAAGAUUGGAAAAUAUAGAAACCAAGUCAAUAGCGAAGUACAAGCAGUUUAUGACAAGUACUAUGCCAGUGAUAAUUCAACUGGUGUAAUUAUUGCAAUUGUUGUUAUUCUGGCAAUAGGUUUGUUAUGUGGUGUUGGUGUUACAAUUGCAGGAUUGUACUACAAAUUGAGACUAGAGAAGAGAAAUGAAUAUGCUGGUUUACUGAAAUAAAGCUCUAGUCCUUUUGUCC